UUAACAUUUGUGUGGCAGACUGGCAGUCUGUGUCUAGCUGCUGUAGUGGGAAGACAGGCAGCCAGUCGGCGGAGCCGUGCAAGUAUCCAGCAGCCAGAGCCCAGGCAGCCGGUGGGAGAAGGAAGGGUGUCCGCAUCUGCCGCACCGCACAGCCGCCCGCACCAAUCCAUGUCCACGAUGCUGUCUGAAGACCGAGACUUCAACGGGCUAGGAGAGCAGACGACAGACGGACAGACCAGACUGACUGGUGGCAGCAUGGCGUCCAUACCGGAAUACUACGCUGGCAAGAACGUGCUGAUCACAGGAGCCACGGGCUUCAUGGGCAAAGUGCUGGUGGAGAAGCUGCUGAGGUCCUGCCCUGAGGUCAAAGCCCUCUACCUCCUGGUCAGACCCAAAGCCGGGCAGUCCAUGCAGCAGAGGGUCAGUGACAUGAUGGUGUGCAGGCUUUUCGACCGAGUGCGCGAGGACAACCCCGACUUCCACCAGAAGAUCAUCCCCAUCAGCAGCGAGCUGACGCAGCCAGGCCUGGCCAUCAGCCCAGAGGAUGUUGAGAAGCUCUCUGCCUGCAUCAACGUCAUCUUCCACUGCGCUGCCACCAUCCGCUUUGACGAGCCGCUCAAACAUGCCCUACAGCUGAAUGUGAUCGCCACACAGCAGCUCCUCAGCCUGGCCCAGCAGAUGAACCACCUCGAGGCCUUCAUUCAUGUCUCCACCGCUUAUGCAAACUGCAACCGCAAGCACAUCGACGAGGUCAUCUACCCGCCACCUGUCGAGCCCAAGAAACUCAUUGAGUCUCUUGAGUGGAUGGAUGACGGCAUUGUGCGCGACAUCACGGCACGGCUCAUCGGCGACAGGCCCAACACGUACACCUACACCAAAGCCCUGGCUGAGUAUGUGGUGCAGCAGGAGCAAGACAAGCUUAACAUCGCCAUCAUCAGACCCUCCAUAGUGGGAGCCAGCUGGCAGGAGCCUUUCCCAGGUUGGAUCGACAACUUCAACGGGCCAAGUGGAAUCUUUAUAGCUGCUGGAAAGGGGAUCUUGCGCACUAUGCGAGCCAACAACGACGCAGUGGCUGACCUGAUCCCUGUGGACGUAGUCAUCAACCUCACACUGGCUGCCGGCUGGUACACCGCUAAACACAGACCUAAACCAGCUCUGGUGUACAACUGCACGACCGGUGGCAUCAACCCGUUUCACUGGGGAGAGAUCGAGCACCACGUGAUGUUGUCCUGGAAGAGGAACCCGCUGGAACAGGCUUUCCGCCGGCCCAACACCAACAUCACCUCCAACUACCUGAUCAACCAGUACUGGAUCCUGGUCAGCCACAAGUUCCCUGCCCUCAUCUAUGACUUCUUCCUGCGACUCUCUGGACAAAAGCCGCAGAUGAUGCGCAUCUUCAAUCGUCUGCACAAGGCAAUCAGCCUGCUGGAGUAUUUCAGCAGCCGGGACUGGGAAUGGAACUCUGAGAACAUGAGCAUGCUGAUGAGCCAGCUAACCCCAGAGGACCGGAAGACAUUUAACUUUGAUGUGCGGCAGUUGAACUGGCCCGAAUACAUCGAGAAUUACUGCAUCGGCACCAAGAAGUAUGUCCUGAAUGAAGACAUGUCUGACAUUCCUGCUGCCAGGCAGCAUCUGAGGAAACUGAGGAACAUCCGCUACACCUUCAACACCCUGUUGGUCGUUUUCAUCUGGAGGGUGUUUAUUGCCCGCUCCCAGAUGGCCAGAAACAUCUGGUACUUUGUGGUCAGCCUCUGUUUCAAGUUCCUCUCCUACUUCCGCGCAUCCAGUACCAUAACCAACUGAGUCUUCCUCACCACCUAAAACCAGAUACAGCAGCCCUCUGCCUUUAGCUGUCAGCAGGAUGCAACAUCUGAGACUCUGACCAUCCACGAUAGACACUCUAAAUCCUUCUGUUAGUGUGGAUUAGCUGGGGCCUCUCUACAGGUGGGAGGCUGCAGUUGUGUGAAGCACUCAGAAGGGAGAAAAGAGGUCUACUAGCCAUGAGUUAUUUGUUUAGUUCAGAAAUCAGUACCUGCACUGUUCAGUCACCAGACCCGUCCAAAAAAAUUUUGUCAUUCAUGUUGUACCUACCGUUUUCUUCUCAAAGUGGCCAAUUAUAUAUGCAACAAUAAGCCUUUUGUGUGACUUUGUGUGAUUUGUUUUCAUACUUGAAAUAUGGCAGUGCUUCACUGGCGGACGAUUUCUAUAAGAUUAUUUUGGUUCUGUUUUUUACUGUGGGGAUAUCCAGUUCCUGUCUUUACUUGUUUACUUGUCUUUGUCUUGCCUUGCGUGUAUCUACUGCCUUUUUAAGAUUACACCCAAAAAACUAACUGGUGGUUGUCUGUCUUAACAUCAUUCCACAGAUUGAGACUAGUAUUUAAGCUAAAUUCUGACUACACAAAACCGUAUCACUACUUAUACCAAAACCUACAGAUCUGGUAUCUUCCCUGCGGUCGAGGUUGUCACUCAUUUACUAUAACUAUGUCAGUAUGUCUCUGAACAUAAACCUUGUUUGUUUGAAUUCUCACCCACUUUAUGCCUGUUUGUACAACAGUUUGUACUGAAACUAAGUUUACUACUUUUACAUAUUUAUACUUGCGUCAAAGGCUGAUAUAUGUGGUAGACCUUGGCAGUGUAAUGUAUAUAAAUAAGAGUACAUCAGAGUAAAGUUUAUUUGUAUAGCCCAGUAUCACAUUGUACAAUGUCUCCCAGCAGUCCCCAACCAAGCCUAAGUUUUAUAAGAAACUCCCCAGAACCUCAAGGCAUUUCAAAGAGGGACCCCCCUCUCUCCUCAGUCGGGUAGGGGUGAAAAAGGAGCCUCAUGUGGAAAAAUUACAAAUUGUAACAUCAAGUUAUAGUUGGAUAUGCCAAGAACAAUGGGAUUCUAAGAGGUCCAUCCAAUCGGUGGUUCACAGGUGCAAGAAGGUACGUGAGGGUGGGGGGGACCAAGCUUUGAGCAGGCAAUUUAGUGGAGUAGGGAGUCGGGUCACUUGAAAGAUGGAGGAUUGGAUGGAGUGUACUGGCGUUCAAUUUGAGUCACAGCGGUAACCAAAAGCUUCUGUGAAAAAUUACCUGGAGAUAUCUGAAAAACCUAAUGGGUCGUUUAACAACACAUUCGGAGUGUUUUGAAAAACCUUGGGACUCGUCAAGCUACCUGGAUGAAAAUAUUCCUUUAAACUGCAUUGAUAAAGAGUUGAAACUCAAAUUGUAACACUUUUUUAUUUUUAUUAGGAAAGUCUUAGGAAACUUGGGAAACUAGUUUAAAAUGUUUUUAUCCAUAUGGCUAAAAGAGGUUUCUUGAAAUGUCUUCAGAACAGAAAUGUAGCUCCGUCUGUUUUAUUAGAGAAAAGGAUAGUCACCGCUGUGAUUCAAAUGUUUUUUUUUGUUUUUUUUUUUUUUUUAAAGGUUCUUUUUUGGGCAUUUUAGGCCUUUUAUUUAUAUAGGACAGCUGAAGACAUGAAAGGAGAGAGAGGGGGAUUGACAUGCAGCAAAGGGCCGCAUGCAGCAGGCUAGCAAGGAAGGAGCCAGCGUGGCACAGAGGAGAUGGUAUAUGCCAUGUGAAGAUGAAGGGACUAUUGACAGAAGAUUUCUUUUAGUUCUUGAGGCAGGCCUCUGGAUACUGAGGAGGUCAUGUUUGUUAAAAAUAGCUAAGAAAGAUCAUAAAUGUAUGUUAAGGAAGACCAUGAAUUAGCAAGGCUACUGUGUUGAAAGCUGUAGUUUUUCCAAUUAAACCAGAAAAAAAAUAUGUAAGAAAAGUGUCAGUUUUCAAAGUGACAGCUAGUAAACAUGACAGAUAAUUUAUUGCAAUAGAGUUUGCGUCAUCUGCAUCAGAGCGAAAACUCAUGCUGAAAAUUCUGCCAAACAGAAUAUUUGAAAUGUAGUGGACCAAGUACGGAGCCUUGAGGUACAGUAUGCCUUACCUGAUGGGGAGAUGGACUACUAUUCUUAAGCAAGUCAAACUGUCCUAUAUUUGUCUGGACCUAAAUCACAAAAGUGCUAGGUUAUAAACCAAGGACGUAAGGCUAUCCUCGUAUUGCAUCCUUGACCCCAGUUUAGAAGAUCUGUAAAUUGCUGUGACUACCAAAAAUUGUACUUAACUGAUCUUUGCUUGGUGAGUGUCGUCAGGAUUCCACCACAGAGCUUCCCACAGAGUCUACCAAAAGUGUUAGUGUGCCAGGCAAGUCGGAUUUAUCCUAAACAAAUGAGAAAACUGUGUACAGGAUUGUAUGUGUUGCAAGGCUUGACUGUUGACAGAAUACAAAUAAGUUAUGAGCCUAUAUGGGAGAAAAAGGGGACACAACUAAAUAAAUGUUUAUGCAAA